AGUAAAGUCAAGCGUCGGAUUCAAACUUUAUCUCCCCAGAAGCCAGAAGUACAGUUGGGCUGAUUUGGGAAAGAAUUGGCGCUUCAAAUUCAAAGUUCAAACAGACAAAACUACUCGAACUGGAAAAAAAAAAAUGGUCAGCGCGACUCAGUAGCAACUCAGUGCUCUCCAUCUUCGCCGUCUUCUCCUCUCAUCCUCAGCUUCUCCUCGGUGGCCGAUUCGGUGCCGGAACAAUCGAAUUCUCAGUUCCGGGAAUUCGUCCGCUCGUCAUUCCGUUGUUGCUGCCAUUGUCUGUUUCGCGAAUUAGGGUUUCUUCUCUCUCUCCCUACGCGGAACCGAUUCGAAAUCUCUCUCUCUCUCUCCUCGUCGCUUCAUCUCUUGUCGAAAAUGCCGAAGCGGAAAGCUAAGAGGAAUGUGAAGAAAGCUGUGCCGCCGCCGCAAGAACCUGAUGGCGGCAACGAAAGUGCGCUGCCGCGAGCUGAAGAGAGGAAGCCAGAGUCGUCGAUUAUCCUGGAAGUUGAGCGGCAGGUUGCAGCAAUUAGGGCAAUACGUGACAUGGAGAUAGAACAUUCGCUAACUGCUUUGCGUCUGCUACGUUCGAAUUUCACUGAGGAGCAACUGGAUACCCCUGUGCUUGAGAUUUUCAAGGAGAAUUUCCCGAACCUGUCAAUAGUAAAGAGCAGCGAAGCCGGUCAGUUUGAACUCCAAUGGAAAGACAAAGGUGAUGAUUCUUCUCUGCCCCAAGUAGCUGGUGGAGAAGACGUACAUGAUUCUCUUCUCCGGGGUUUGUCCAUGGCGUAUCCUAGCUGCUCUGAUGUUCCAUCUCUUGGUGCUUUUGAGUUACCUAGCCAUACAGUGACAAAAAGUGUAUUUGGUAAUGAUAGCAUGCAGAUGGACGACUUUAUCUUGGAGGGUCAAUCCAAUUUCAAUAUGCUCUCGAUGCAAGAUGGUCUCCAAACACCAGGGGCUACCAGUCAGAGACUCUCUGUGGGGAUGACACCCAAAACCUUAAGACUGCCUAAGCAUGGUGAAAUGCUUCUCUCGGUUCGUGGCUCGCCCCUUGGGGUCUACAAAGAAGACAACAUGGAAGCAAUACGAGGUAUCCAAAAUCUGAAGAGGACUGAACUACUACUGCAAGUGUAUUUCGAUGUUUGGAGCUAAGAAUGCUGUGCAAUCUCAAGUUUCUAGGCUAUAUGUACAGAAAUUACAAUUGAUCUCUGUAACGCUAAGGAAGCUCGAGUCAUAAAUCUGUUUAUCUCUGUUAACACGAAGGAUCUCGAGUUCGUCCUGCUUCUUCAUCAGCCAGCUUCACCUGUGUAACUGCAUUUUCUCUUGGUUUUGAAUGUUGAUGUUGGUAACUUCUCAAGCUAUUAACACCUGAACUUGACAGCUUGAUUCUAGCAUAUCAAUAACAUUGGGAAAAAGACCUAUUGUAUCCAUCUCCUAGUCCACAAUAUCAACUUCUUGCUGUA